GUGUGUCUGCGUCUGGGUCUGUGUCUGUGAUGCAGGGCUACCUGGAGGAGCUGGUGCGUCUGCGGGAGUCCCAGCUGAAGAACGUGGAGACGGAGAACAAGAAGCUGAGUGUCAGGCUGGAGGAGCUCAGAGUCCAGAGCCUGCAGGAGAAGAAGGAGCUGGAGUCCAUCGUACUGGAGCUGCAGGCACAACUCACUGCCCUCAUCCCCUGUGAUUCCUCCCACCUGACUAAGGAUCUGUCCAUCCCUCUGGUCAACCAGUGGCCCUCCAUACGAGGCUACAACAACCAGGGGGACGUCAAGCUCUUCCGCAGGAGAAGCUUCCACAGUUUGGAGCAGCUCUCAGCUGACGUCAGUCUGAACUCUGAUUCCCAGAAGACCGAUGGGCAACAGAACGGAGAUACAGGAAAAGACUACACCCCUUCUAUGCUGGGUCUCUGUGGCUCUCUGGCCUCUCUCCCCAGCUGCAAGUCCAUGUCCAGCCUCAAGUCCAGUGAGUGUCUGGUCAACAUCAGCAUGGAACCCAGCCCUGCACUCUCCCCCAGCUAGGGGGCGCCAUGCCAACAGAGCUAUGUCUGCCCAGCGCAAAGCCAACAACCAACCAACCCCAACCGCCUGCCUGAACCUGGAGACACUCAAUAGAUCAUGAACAUCUACCUACCUACUGUCACUAUUAACACAGUUACCAACAAAACCCUUUUUCAACCAAACCCUUCUCCAACCAACUCCACUCAACCCACUGCUUCAUAUCUGCAAAGAUUAGAGGGGGAAAAGCUCUUCAAUAUUUCUGGAUUUUUGUGUGGAUUAAAUUAAAGUUAUAAUGAAACUAAAAGGAUCCUAGUUCGUCUGUGCCCCUCCUCACCCACACCCUCCCUCCUCACCCACACCCUCCCUCCUCACCCACACCCUCUCUCAUAUCCUCACACUGUCCAUCCUGCUCUUUCACUGUUGUGUGUGUGAAUUCCUAUGUCAAAAUGUUGGCCUGUAUUUAAUGCCUUUUGGACUCAUCUAACUAGCGUAAUUCAAAGAUACAAAACUAUCCAAAAGCAUAUUUAUUUAUCUAUUUAAAUUCUCCUCCUCUAGAUCUCCUUAUCCAAGUCUUUCUCUGCACCUGACACAUCUGGUCAUUGUACUGUCUGUGUGUCAGUCUGUCCCAGCCCUGCCUCAGCCUAUACUAUCCUCUUGCCUGCCUGUCAAAAUGACAGACAAACUGGAAUGAUGCAUUUGCGAUUAAGUCAGAACACUUGGAGGAGAAGGAUGAACUGAAUUCUAACAAAAACAUCAGCUAUUCUUAGGUAUUUGUGAGUGGCUGCAGGUUGAGUGUUGCUAACAUAGUGGCUAGAUGUGUAUUUGAUGCAUGUGUCUGAAUGAUAUUGGCAUUGUUCCUCCAUUGUACUGGGUUUUGGAUGGCCUGAAUCUCCAGAUCACUGACCUGUUUGAGUAAUCAGACAUUACUGUUUCAGUAUGUGUUCAUGUGUGCAGCAAUUGGUUACGUCUGUCUAUCAACAGUUUUGUUGUCACUUUGCUUUUUAUAUUUUGUUGAUGAAUCUGAUUUUAUAAAUCAAGUGUUCUGUUAUUUUUACACAUGCAUAUUUGGUUAUUUUUGUUCAAUGACCAAUGCUAUUAGUUGCAAUAAACUGCCUUAUUUUUGUUAUGUCAA